UGUAUCGGCAACACUGCAUAGUACAGCUGUUACCAGCCCAGCCCCAGCGUGUGGCCGGCUGGCCUGGGAGUGGAACUGUAGGAUGAAGUACUCAAGAUUUUUAACGCAGGUGUCAAGGAACCGCCAGCCAUCUCUCAUAAGAGAAAUGACAAAUCUGUUGGCACAAGCCUCUCCUGAACUGGUGUUUAUGGCUGGAGGUCUUCCCAAUGCACAGAUGUUCCCCUUCCAAGCAGGGUCCAUCACCCUCAAGGAUGGCCGUGCCCUCACCAUCCACCCAAAGCUGAUGAUGGACUGCCUUCAAUAUGGCCCAACUCCAGGUUAUCCACCACUGGUCAAGCAACUCAAGGACCUCACUCAGCAGCUUCACUCACCACCACGAUGGGCUGAAAUGGAUCUGAUUGUCACAGCUGGUAGCCAAGAUGGGUUGUGCAAAGCCUUGGAAAUGAUGAUAUCUCCAGGGGACUACGUUGUCACUCAGGAACCUUGUUACACUGGCACCCUAUCCAUACUGAAACCAUACAAGCCACGGUAUUUGCCAAUAUCUGGGGAUCAAAAUGGCAUGUGUCCUGAAGCCUUGAAAGCAGCACUCUCAAAAUGGAAGCCAGAGGAGGUGCAGGAUACAGAGAAAGAUGUUCCCAAGGACUUUCCCCCGAGCUUCCUGAGCAUGGAUGUUGAUUGCCGGGUGAUCAGAUUUGACUCAUUUUCAAAGAUCUUGAGCUCCGGUCUCCGUAUUGGGUAUGUGACAGGACCCAAGCCACUUGUUGAAAGAAUUGUUCUGCAUGCCCAGGUGUCUCUUCUUCAUGCCCCAGCCAUGUCCCAGGUAUUGGUGAGUGAGCUGCUUAAACUGUGGGGUGACGAAGGAUUCUUCAAACAUACAGAUGCAGUACAGGCCUUCUACCUUGACCAGAGGAAUGCAAUGUUGGAAGCUGCUGAAAAACAUCUUUCAGAUCUUUGUGAAUGGGCAGUCCCUACAGGAGGCAUGUUUCUGUGGCUAAAAGUGCCAAAGAUCCAUGACACAUGGGAUAUGAUUCUGGAACGUGCACUUACCAAGAAUGUGAUUCUUGUUCCUGGCAAGGCAUUCAUGUGUGACUCUUCCAAACCCUGCCAGUACAUGAGGGCUGCUUUCUCUAUAGUGUCACCAGAGAAUAUGGAUAAGGGAUGCAAAAAUCUGGCAGAGUUGAUUCGUGAAGAAAUGGUUCUGCAAGAGAGUAAUGCCAGCUCUGAUUGAUCGUGAGUUGUGUCCUGUGGUAUUGUAGUUAGCAUUCUGGUAUUAGAUUGAUGCUGUAGUAAUAUUUUUUGAUGUAUUGAGAGCUCAAGAUUUAAGGAAUAAACUAUUUUAACAAA